UGCUGCACGAAGUUCUUCCGGAAAGCAGAAGACAUGGCUGUGGUUAGUGGAACCUACCGCAUGGUGUCGGAGGAGGAGCAGGCUCUCAGGGCCAAGCUGGAGCGACUCACUGUCAAGGACCACGGGCCGGUGUUUGGACCGUGCGCCAACCUGCCGGACCACACCAGGCAGAAGGCCAAGGACGAGCUGAACGAGACGGACGAGAAGCGAGUGUCUGCGGUGAAGGAGCUGCGGGCGAUGAUCAAGGAGAAGGCGGACGGAGGCGACGACCUGGCCAAGGGGGUGCAGGACACCUUCGGAGAGAAGCCAGACAGUCUGCUGGUCCGAUUCAUCCGCGCGAGGAAAUACGACGUCCCCAGGGCCUUCGACCUCAUGAAGGGGUAUGUGCGCUUCAGGAAGGACUACCCCGAGCUGUUUGAGAACUUGACCCCGGAGGCCGUGCGCAGCACCAUCGAGGCCGGAUACCCCGGCAUCCUGCAGAGCAGGGACAAGUAUGGCCGCGUGGUUCUGCUCUUCAACAUCGAGAACUGGGACUACGAGGAGAUCACCUUUGAUGAGAUCCUGCGUGCCUACUGCGUGAUCCUGGAGAAGCUGCUGGAGAACGAGGAGACUCAGAUCAACGGGUUCUGCAUCAUCGAGAACUUCAAGGGCUUCACCAUGCAGCAGGCGUCGGGAAUCAAACCCACCGAGCUCAAGAAGAUGGUGGACAUGCUGCAGGACUCCUUCCCCGCUCGUUUCAAAGCCGUGCACUUCAUCCACCAGCCCUGGUACUUCACCACCACCUACAACGUGGUCAAGCCACUCAUGAAGAGCAAGCUGCUGGAGCGGGUGUUUGUUCACGGAGACGAGCUGGAGAACUAUUACAAGGAGUUUGACGCCGACAUCCUUCCCUCCGAGUUCGAUGGAAAAGGCUCCAAGUACGACGGCAAGGCGAUGGCGGCCAAGCUGUUCGACUGAACAUCUUCCCUCCCUUCGCCAAUAACAUCGAGAGCCAUUCCGUAACAAACACCA